AUGGCUGAGCAAGACACGUCCUCGACAGGCCUUACCAGACUCAUUACUCUACUCUGCUGGUCUCACCUCUUUGUCCGAACCUAUGUUCAUCCCACGUUUACCGUUGUUGUUGAUUCUUUCAGCACUCUCACUACUCUCUACGAUGCUGCUCAACUCGCCUUCUGCCCUGGUCUACUGGACACAAUUUGUAUGGCCGCUCCGCCUUCUUUUGUCUGGUUCAAAAGCCUGUCCUCCUAUAUCCCUGGUAAGCUCUGGGGUAUCUACGUGCUUGUGCUUAAGAAGCCUGGCUGUAUUCCUGGCAUCUACAUUGGUUGUGGAACGGACUCUAGUACAGGAGUGUCUGGACGUCUCAGUGGUCAUCGGAAUGGUCGACAGUGUCCACAGUAUGUCGACAAAGCCAAGCGAGAUGGGUACACUAUCACUCAUAUGGCUCUACUUGUUUCCUGUCCCAUGCCCGCUCCAGCUGAUCGUCCUCGCCUACGAGUUCUAUUCCUACUCCUGGAAGCUGCAUUUACUUGUAUAUUCUGGGCCCUUCGCCGCCGGGAUACACCAUAUGGGAUUGAACACUUGGCUCCCUGGUCUCAAGAUCAGUAUGCAUGGGAUGGCCUGUGUUCGCAUAGUCCUAUCACUGAGGGAGCAGAAGUUCGCAAGGGAGACCUUGAUCUUAGCCCUGAGGAGCUCAACCAGAUGGACGCCAUCAUCAAGGACAAGAACCGUACUUACCAUGCCAACUACGGGAAAGCUCUUCGUGCCAAUCCCACGCCUGAGCACAUUGAGCGUAGUCGAGUCAACAAUAUCAAGCAACGUCCAGCAACCAUCGCCCGCCAGCAGGAAGCAGUGGCCAACCAGACUUACCAUUGUUCUGAUCUUGGUACCAACGUCCGCGCUCUGCGACGUCUCCGAACCGCUUGUGAGCGUGCCAAGCGAACCCUCUCUUCUUCCGCUCAGACCUCCAUUGAGAUCGACUCUCUCUUCGAGGGUAUCGACUUCUACACCUCCAUCACCCGAGCUCGUUUCGAGGAGCUCUGCCAGGAUCUCUUCCGAUCCACCAUCCAGCCCGUCGACCGUGUCCUUACCGACGCUAAGAUCGACAAGUCCCUUGUCCACGAGAUCGUCCUCGUCGGUGGAUCUACCCGUAUCCCCCGUGUCCAGAAGCUCAUCACCGACUACUUCAACGGAAAGGAGCCCAACAAGUCCAUCAACCCCGAUGAGGCAGUUGCCUACGGUGCCGCUGUCCAGGCUGCCAUUCUCUCCGGUGACACCUCCAGCAAGUCCACCAACGAGAUCUUGCUUCUCGAUGUCGCCCCUCUCUCUCUCGGUAUUGAGACCGCUGGUGGUAUGAUGACCAAGCUCAUCCCCCGUAACACCACCAUCCCCACCAAGAAGUCUGAGGUCUUCUCUACCUUCUCCGACAACCAGCCUGGUGUCCUUAUCCAGGUCUACGAGGGUGAGCGUCAGCGCACCAAGGACAACAACCUCAUGGGCAAGUUCGAGCUCACUGGUAUCCCCCCUGCCCCUCGUGGUGUUCCCCAGAUUGAGGUUACCUUCGAUCUUGAUGCCAACGGUAUCAUGAACGUCUCCGCCGUCGAGAAGGGCACUGGAAAGUCCAACAAGAUUGUCAUUACCAACGACAAGGGCCGCCUGUCCAAGGAGGAGAUUGAGCGCAUGCUCAGCGAUGCUGAGAAGUACAAGGAGGAGGACGAGGCCGAGGGUAAGCGUGUCGCUGCCAAGAACGGUCUUGAGUCCUACGCCUACUCUCUCCGCAACACUCUCUCCGACCCCAAGGUCGAGGAGAAGAUUGAGGCUUCCGACAAGGAGACCCUCACCGCUGAGAUUGACAAGGUCGUCCAGUGGCUCGACGAGAACCAGCAGGCUACUCGUGAGGAGUACGAGGAGCACCAGAAGGAGCUCGAGGGCAAGGCCAACCCCAUCAUGAUGAAGUUCUACGGAGCUGGUGGUGAGGGUGCUCCUGGUGGCAUGCCCGGUGGUCCUGGUGGCUUCCCUGGUGCCGGUGGCCCUGGUGGUGCCCCCGGCGCUGGUGGUGACGAUGGUCCCACCGUCGAGGAGGUCGACUAA